AUGGGAAUUGAAGGUCUUCAUCCAUUACUUAAAUCAGCUAUACAUCGUGUGAGCAUAAAAAAUGCUGAAUUUCAAGGAACAACAUGUGCCGUCGAUACAAGUUUUUUACUUCAUCGAGGUGCUUAUGCAUGUGCUGGAAAAUUAGUGCAAAACGAACCAACUGAUAGAUAUGUUCAGUAUGUCGUACGAUUCGUUGAAAGAUUACUUGAAUGGAAUAUAAAGCCUAUCAUGGUUUUUGAUGGUUCACCAUUACCAGCAAAACGAAUAACUAAUAUUAAUCGUAGCGAUGAACGGGAAAGAAAUCGAUUACGUGGACAAAAAGCUCUUGCUAGUGGUAAAACUCGUGAAGCUGAACAAUUUUUUCAAAAAGCUAUUGAAAUUACACCUGACAUGGUUUUAAAUGUUAUUCGAACUCUUCGAACUAUGGGAAUCGAUGUGAUUGUUGCACCUUAUGAAGCUGAUGCUCAAUUAGCAUAUUUAAAUAGAGCAAAAAUAGCCGAUUAUGUUAUAACAGAAGAUUCCGAUCUUGUUCUUUUUGGUUGUCAUCAUAUUUUAUUUAAACUUGAUGAUCAAGGAAAUGGUGAAUUAUUUGAACGAGAAAAAUUAGAUUUAAAAAAAGAAUUUGGACUUGAUAGUUUCGAACGAUUCCGUUGGAUGUGUAUCUUAUCUGGAUGUGAUUAUCUUGAGAAUAUAACUGGAAUCGGUUUAGUUAAAGCAAAAAAAGUUAUGAGUAGAACUCAAAUAUCAAAUAUUGAUAUAAUUCUUAAACAAUUACCACAAAAUCUUGGUAAAUUAAAUUUGCGUGUGACCGAUGAUUAUAUUACAGGCUUUAAACGAGCACAUUUGGCAUUUCUUCAUCAAAUUGUCUAUGACCCUAUACAAAGAAUACAGAUGCCACUUAAUCCACUCUCAGAUGAUGUUGAUCGUGAACACUUGAAAUAUGCUGGACAACUUGAUGAGACACCACUUGCUUUUCAACAUGCAAUUGGGAACUUGAAUGUAAAAACAAAAUGUAUUGUUGACAAAUUUAAUCCAAGUCAAUGGAAGUAUCGUUCACCCGUAUCAUCAUCAUCAUCAUCGUCAUCAGUGAUUCCAGGACAUCUUAAAUCAAUUUGGAGUAAAGAAUAUACUGCACGUUCUGAACCAUUUUUAUUAACAUCAACACCAAUGAGUCGAAAGAAAAUUUCAACGCCAUCACCUCCAAGAAAAGUUCGAUCACAAAAAGAUUCAAAGCCGACUGCAACUUCCGAUGCAUCAACAUCUGCAGCUAUUCUUAAUAUGUAUUUAUCAACAUCGAAUGAAAAGAAAAUUGAUAUUACAACAAAAAAUUCUACAUCUGUCGAAUAUCAUACAUCUAUGAUUCAAAGUAUUGAUAUAGUCAAACGACCACUUCUAUUCAAUCAACAUGAUAAUGAUACGUGUAGUCGAUUUUUCUCAUCAUCUGUAACCACAAAAACUAGUGUUUUUGAUGCAAUUGAUGAAAAUGAAAAACCUACACCGAACCAAGAAAAUAUUUCACCGAUCAAUAUCAAUAAAAGAUUCAAAGGUUCGAAUACGAAUAAUUAUGAAAGUUCUUCAUCGCAAUUGUUACAGUGA